ACGCGUUACUUCACGCCACGGACUGACGACUGGCUUGGAAGCUGUCCGGAAACUUUUUCGCCAUCUCCCUUGCGAUUUCAUUAUCGCGGAUUGCCCUGGCAUUGAGAUGUAUCAUGUAAAACAUUCGGAAUCUGGAUAUUUUGUGGGAUUUAAGAAGAUGGCGUCGGCUGACGUUUAAAUUGAUCUGGAGUUUUGCUUCUGUAUUCGUUCCGUUAAGUCAAGUGACUCAUAUAAACUUUAAAACGCACUUAUUUUGUUCGCGUUCAUACACAAAACGUCAACCAUGAUCGGGACUGAAGUCCACGCUUUGUUUUUUUAGUAGUUUUACUUGUUAUAACGGUGACGUUUUAAAUCAAGGGAAAAAGCCAAAUGUAACGUUAGUGGGGCGCGUGUUUUUAGCUGAUAACUGAGCUAAGCUGUUUAAUUAUUUAAUAUUGGGUGGAAUCGUUUGUAUAAAUAACUUUAAGUAUUAUAUUACAUUAUAUAUAUUUUUUAUAUAAUUAAAACGGUAUGUGAUAGUGGGUUUAUCUUGUAAUUUAGUAUAUUCAUAAUUAUAUGCUCCUCAAAAAGCCCAGGUAGUGGGAGAUAGGAAGGGACUGGGUUAGAUUGUAAAUAUAUCUAUCUAUAUUUUUUUAAAAAAUAUUCAAAAGCAUAUCCAGGAUUUCUACAAUGCCGGAUGCAGUUGUGAAUUUUAGUCUUUUGCACAGGACUUGCUCUCUGGUUGUUGUGCUGUGUUUCCUUCACAUCUCCGUCACUCUCAUAUAUUAUAUGAGAAAUUCAGAUUCAAGGCAAUCCUUCGUUCAAAAUCAGCAAAACCCUCAGAUCCACAGGAAACUGACCGAACAGAAAGUCUCAACCGAGGAGAUCAGACUGGCCAGUCUGUCAUCUGUUACGAAUAUCACAGAAACUCCGAGAAAGCUGGAAACAUGCCCUGACAAUCCACCUAGCCUGGUGGGUCCACUCCGGGUUGAGUUCUCUGACCCGGUCACCCUAGACCUUGUGAGGUCAGAGAACCUUGUGUUGCAGCCCGGCGGGCGGUUUAAACCCACAGACUGCACCGCCCAGCAAAAAGUGGCAUUGAUCAUCCCUUUCAGGAACCGGGACGAGCACCUGAAGUACUGGCUGUAUUAUCUGCACCCCAUCUUACAGCGCCAGCAACUGGACUACGGCGUCUACAUCAUCAAUCAGGCUGAAUCAUCAGUUGCAGAUCCAGUGUUAAAGCACUUGGACAUCAACUCUGAAAAUGGGUCAAGAACCAAGAAUGGGAUAGUGACUUCCAAGACUGGCAACAUUGUGCAAAAAAGAGCAGCGGGCGAGGAGACGUUCAAUCGUGCCAAGCUCCUCAACAUUGGGUAUGCGGAGGCUCUGAAGGAGUAUGACUAUGAUUGUUUUGUCUUCAGUGACGUUGACCUCAUUCCAAUGGAUGACCGCAACUUCUACAAGUGCUAUAAUCAACCCAGGCAUCUGUCUGUGUCUAUGGACAAGUUUGGCUUCAGGUUGCCAUACACGCAGUACUUUGGUGGUGUGUCAUCACUGAGCAAAGAACAGUUUCUGAAGAUCAAUGGCUUCCCAAACAACUACUGGGGCUGGGGAGGGGAGGACGACGACAUAUUUAACAGGGUUACCUCCAAAGGGAUGAGCAUAUCAAGGCCCGACGCAAUCAUUGGGAGAUGUAGAAUGAUCCGUCAUGAGCGAGACCAAAAAAACGACCCCAAUCCACAGAGGUUUGACCGAAUAGCUCACACAAGGGAAACUAUGGCAAGUGACGGGAUCAAUUCGCUAACAUACACGGUUGUUCAGAUUGAGAAAGAUCAGCUAUUCACCAAAAUCACAGUGGAUGUGGGAAAACCAUAACUCCGGCAUAGAGACAGACUCAAAACUGAGUGAAACUGCAGCGUUGGCUGUCCAAACCAAAUGUGCCUUGAUUAUAUCAAAUCAACUGGACAAUUUUCAAAGUGGAUUAUAUAUUUGUACAAAUUUUUGUUUUGCCAUCUUUGCACAUGCGAUGGUGAACGCAGGGGUCUGGACUCCUUUUGCCUAGUGUAUCAGAACUGUUCGGCUGCUAAAGGAGACGCAUAAGGGUUUCGUGUUGCCCUGAAGAGGCAACGGGCCAUCCUUGUUCUGUCUCAGAUUCUUCUGCUGAGGAUAAAGACUAUAUUUUGAGCCAUUUGAUGGAAGCAGCAUUUUAAAUUGAUCUGAAUUGAAAAUGUCGACGAAUGUGAGUUGCUGUGUAUGGGAUUAUUUAGUUUGCGUGUUCGAAAGUGAAUAUUUAAAGGAUAGUCGGCAAGCUAAGCAAUGCAAAAAAGCUGGGAUAACCAAUCAAGGGCUGUGGAUAUUCUAUAAUCAUUUCCCAGAAAACUGGCAUUUUGGGGCUGUCACAUAUUUUGUUUACUUUUAUUUUACAGAGCCUUUUAAAUGACUUCUCUUUUUGUUUAGGAUGAGAUGUCUGAAUGUAUUAGCCUGAGUUGUUGCUUAACACAUAUUGGACCAUUAUCAUGUUUGCUGGAGCACCAAAGUGGCAGCCUUGCAUCUUAAGACGUUCGAUUCGCCCCUUCUCUUUGGUGCAUUAUCUUUGCUGUAUUUGGAUUUUUGGAAGCAAUUCUAUCAAAUCAGGUCAACCUUUCAGUUUGGUUUUGUUCCUUUUUUUUUUUUUAUUGCAUUGUGAUUUUCUCAGAUCUAUGCUGGUUAUUAAGGGCACAAGAAUAGUCAAGCUCUCUACUGUACUGAAAACAUGAAGCCAUUGAAAAUUUUGCUGAACUGACCAGUUGAUACUUGUAUUUUUUUUUCUUUCUGAUGUGCUGGUCUGUUUUCUUUGCAGUGUUUCGCUUUAAAACCUGUCAUUGUGGAAACCAAAAAUGCCUUACAUCACUCAGGCGAUGAAAUGCAGACGGAGCAAAUGAAUGUAUGUCAGCUGUUUGCUCAAGUGCCUUUCAAGAUGGCGACUAACAGCCCAUACAGAAUGUUUAAGUUGCACAGCCAAAAAAAAAAAGUCCACCAAGCCGAGCACCCCGAAAGAGAAAGACUUAGUUUUUCUUUCCUGCUUAAAAACUCUCCCAUGCCUUGUAAAAACUCCUUUGCACCAGGAAAGAAAACUACCUCUCCACUCGGCACAGCACUCGCAAGCAGAAGGGAUUAGCGGCUAAUGCUGUCUCUCAAACCAAAUGCUUUGGCACAAAUAUCUUUGGCUUUUUCCCCCCUUUGGUCAGUUAAAGUGAGGUUUAAAUCUGUUUAUACAUUACAAUGGUCUUUGUUUAAGGGCCAGCACAUAAUUAAGUUUUAAGCUUUCUUUUUAUUUUUUAAAUGUAUUGUUUGACUUUUUUUUUUUUUCAACUUUUUUGUUUUCCAUUUUGUUUAUGCCUAUAGGUUCAUCUUAAGUGUAAUGCAGUGAAUAAUUAACUUAAUUUUGGAAAUUAUGGAAAUUAAAUGGUGUUUGAUUUAACUCCGCUUGUGACAUUACUGAGGUGUGAAGUGAAACAUAAGACAAUAACCUGAGAACUCUGGUAACCUGAGAACUUCGGCAAGAGGAAGUCAGCAUUCCCUCUUCAACAGAAGAUAAUUACAACUUUCCAUUCACACGAACCAGUUAACUCUUGCCUAACCACUAAUGUGAUCUGGCCUCGGAUCUCAUAAUUCAUUUGUUGGUAACAUAAAAGUGAUGAAGGGAUGGAUAAAUACAGUAUAUCUUUAAAAUAAACACUUUCAUAAUUUUCUGAA